UGACAAAGAACACGUUUCUGACUGUCUGUUGCUCCGAGUUGCAUCCAGGCUAAGGCCGGGCUCUGGCACCAUGUCCUCUCCCGAACCCUGGGCGGCGCCCGAGGAGCGGUGCGAGUUCCUGGAGGAGGUGAUCGAGGAGGUCCUGGCUUGGCAGCCGCGCGUGCGCGGGGGCAGGAUCUUGUACCUCGGCUCAGGCUGGAUUUGCAGUCGAGGAAGCGAGCUCUCCCGUCUCGCGCUGGACGCCGAUCACGUGACCAUCGUCCUCCACACGCCAGGCGCAGCAAAAGGCGGCGACAGUAAUCCGAUAGAGAGGUCAACAGAUAACAUCACCUACAAGUGUGCCGACAUCAAUGAGCUAAGCUUUCCUCCUGGUUCUUUCGAAAUGGUCGUGGGUGCUUGGGUCCUGACUUGCCUCAGCGACCUUCAAGUGCAUGAUUUCUUGCAUCGCGUUCUCGAGUGGCUGGUGCCUGAGGGUUACUUUGUCUUCAGAGAGGCGUGUGGCUUCCAUGAAGGCCCCAGGCCUUCCAACAGCACGCUGCCGAGGUCUGUGGUGUCCUACUGCCAGAUGCUGCACUUGGUCAGUGCCGGUUCCUCCGGAUUCACCGUCUUGCGGGCUAAAAGUUUACUGUCAUACAUCAUUCAUGAGGGGGACCCCGUCAAGAUGUGCUUUCUGGCCCGGCGCUCGGAGGAGGGCAGCACAACCCAACACGCAGUGGACAUCCGGUAUUCCGAGUCCUUCAUCCUUAAGCUAGAGUGGUUGCUCGGUCACACUUGGGUCUCCACUGGAGGCGAGUCAACCACCAGGGAGUUCUGCCAGCGUCUGGGUCUCCGGCCUGGCCAGAGGGUGCUGGAUGUUGGCUGCGGGUCAGGAGGGUCAGCCUUCUUCAUGUCGCGGCUCUACGGGGUCCACGUGCACGGGGUCGACAUAUCCAGCAACAUGAUAGACCUUGCAGUGCAACGACAGACUCAUCUCCGACGCGCGCAGAGGAAGAGAUUGCAGUUUGAGAUGAGAGACAUCUUGGACGCUGACUAUGGCGAUUGCAGCUUUGACGUCAUCUACAGCCGCAACUCCAUCCUGCACAUCUCGAACAAGGAAGAAUUAUUCGCCAGACUUCAUUGCUGGCUCAAGCCCGGCGGAACCCUCUUCGUCACGGAUUACUGCCUGGGAUCCGCGCCGACCUCGACGCCCCUCGCCGACUACGUGGCCAAGUCAAGUAUGUCUCUAGUGACAGUGAGGGAUUACGCGCGUGCGGUCGCACGAGCGGGCUUUGGUGUGCAGUCAGAAGACCUCGGCGACAAAUUCUACAGCAUCCAACAAAAGGAGCUCGACGAUUUCAUACCAACACAUGAGGCAUUCGCUCAAGAGUACUCCCAGGGGGAAUUUGAAGAAAUGGUGACUGUGGCUACUAAUAAGCUCACGUGGAUCAGGACUCGCCAGCUGACGUGGGCCUCUUUUCGCGGUCGGAAGUUAUAGUUUCCGAACUGACAGACAAUUGCAAAUUGUUGCUGGAGUAUACGCAGGCACUCAUAACAUGGUUGAACGGUGAAGGUUUUGGCUACUAUUCCUUAUGGUAAAAUGCAACGCAGAUGAAUAAAGAAUAUUUUUGUGAGCCAGAGGCUGAAAGGUAAAUCGGAAAUAAUCGAAAAAAUAU